GAUUCAGAUUUAGAUCCUUUAAGUAGGUGAAACAAAGUAUAGUACCCUUCAGAUUUUGCUUUUGUAUUUUUGUUUUAAGUUAGAAAGUCAGAACAGUCUAUUCUUAACACUUUCCUAAAUUAAUCAAUUUGUUUAUUCUUUUUUCUAAAUUCUUCUUUUCAUUUUAAGCAAUGUUAGUUCAGAGAAUGUUUCUUAGACCAAAAAUGUUUCUUUUUCACUUUCAAUCUUAGUCUUAGGUUUUUGUUCUUUGUUUCAUAGUUGUUGUUAUUGUUAUUAUACUAAUAAUGAUGACAUGUCAUAAAUUAUAACAGUAUUAAUCUUAAAGUUUCUGUUUUUUCAUCAUUUUAUAUCAUUUUCUAUAAUUUUCUUUGAUAUCUGAUCCUACCCACCUUUGUUUAUUCUUCUAGAACCAAAUUUCACUCACCCCAUUUUUCAAAGCAUGCUUUGUGUUUGUGAAAUUGUGUCUUAGAGUUACUCUCACCACAUCUCAAAAAUUCAAGACAAAUUGGUUUGUUUUGUUUCUGUAGUUUCAAAUUUAGUGUAAAGUUUGUUCAUUUUGAUGUAGAAAUCACUGAAAAACUCUUUUUUCAUCUGGGUUUUUGUCUUAGUUCGUUGCAGUUGAGUUCUGGGUUUUUGGGUUUUUUUUUUUUUUUUGGGAAAUGAAAUUAAGCAUAUAGGGUUGUAGGGUGAUUUUGUGGUUUCUGAAAAUGGGAUCUCAUGGAGGAGCAAUCCAAGAACAAAAGACUGGAACUUUGGCUAGGGAAGGAUCUUUGUACAAUCUCACAUUUGAUGAGGUUCAAAAUCAGCUUGGAAAUUUAGGGAAACCCUUAGGAAGCAUGAAUCUAGAUGAGUUACUAAAGAGUUUGUGGACAUCUGAAGCUACUCAAGGUUCUGGAUUGGAUUCUGGAACCACUGAUGGUUACAUGCAGCAUGGUCAACUGGCUUCUGGGUCAUCUAUGAAUCCAUUGACACUUUCUGGUGAUCUUAGUAAGAAAACUAUUGAUGAGGUUUGGAGAGAUAUGCAACAGAAGAAGAGUGCUAGUCCGGAUAGGAGAACAGCUACACUAGGUGAGAUGACUUUGGAGGAUUUCUUGAUGAAAGCUGGUGUGGCCACUGAAUCAUUUCCUAGUGAGGAUAAUGCUAUGUCAGGAAGGGUUGAUUCUCAACAACAACAACAAAAUACAUCUCAGCAUGGUCAUUGGAUGCAGUACCAAGUCCCUUCAGUGCAGCAACCACAACAACAACAUCAGCAUCAAAAUCAUCAGAAUAAUAUGAUGACUGGUUUUGCAGGGUAUAUGGCUGGUCAUGUUGUUCAACAGCCUGUUUUGGAUGCAGGAUACACUGAAGCAAUGGUGAGUUUGUCACCGUCUUCUUUAAUGGCUACUUCAUCAGAUACACAAACUCAAGGUAGGAAAAGGGUUGCCUCUGGUGUUGUGGUUGAGAAAACUGUGGAGAGGAGGCAGAAGAGGAUGAUUAAAAAUAGGGAAUCUGCAGCUCGGUCGCGGGCUAGAAAACAGGCUUACACGCAAGAGCUGGAGAUCAAAGUUUCACAUUUAGAAGAAGAGAAUGAAAGGCUUAAAAGAUUACAUGAGAUAGAGAGAGUAUUGCCGAGUAUGCCACCACCAGACCCUAAGCAUCAGCUUCGGAGAACUAGCUCAGCUCCCCUUUGAAGACUUUAUUGCAAAUGAGUUCCUAGCAAAAGUUCCAAGCGCUCCAACAGUUCUUUCGCAUUUGCUGCAUAUAUUUGAACGCUCAAGUAUCCAACAAUUGGAAAGCUAUUUUUCUUCUGGGGCUAUGGUUAAUUAUCGCUGGCAUACCUUCUUCGAAAGUGUUUUCCUGUAUGUACAUUUUAUAAGCUAGACUUUCAGUUUACCCAGCACUAUAUAUAUGCAUUAGUGUAAUUUUGAACGGAACACAUUGUGGCUUUAUUACCAUUUUGGGGGUCCUGUUGUCUGUGUGGUGCGAAUGCGAGUGCAACUAAUAACCGUCUGUGACUAGCAAAACUUUUUUGGUUUAA